AAGAAGAUUCAAUUCAACUCUCUCUUGCUAUACAAAAGUAGAGAGGCUGAGUCUCCCUCUUUUAUAUUUUUAGUGUUUUGGGUAGCUUAAAAAGUAUUCAUAUGGAUAGUGUGGAGAAGACAAGAAGGAAGUUGAAAGGAGAUUCCAAUAAUUUGGGUGAAAGUUUUGAAGAAAUUUCUGUUGAUUGGAGAGGCAGACCAUGCAAACUUAACAAACAUGGCGGCAUGGCUUCUGCCAUUUUUGUUCUUGGACUUCAAGCCUUUGAGAUGAUGGCAAUUGCUGCAGUGGGAAACAAUCUCAUAACAUAUGUGUUCAAUGAGAUGCAUUUCCCUUUGUCAAAAUCUGCAAACAUAGUCACAAAUUUUAUUGGAACUGUCUUUCUCCUCUCUCUGUUUGGUGGCUUCCUUUCGGAUUCUUAUCUCGGUAGCUUUUGGACAAUGCUCAUCUUCGGCUUUGUCGAGCUGUCUGGUUUCAUAUUACUAUCAAUUCAAGCUCAUCUCCCUCAAUUGAGGCCUCCUCAAUGCAACAUGGUGACAGAAAGCAAAUUUUGCGAGGAAGCAAAAGGCUACAAGAGUUUGAUAUUUUAUGUAGCACUCUAUUUAGUGGCAUUGGGAAGUGGGUGUUUGAAGCCAAAUAUAAUUUCUCAUGGAGCGGAUCAAUUCAAGGAGGAAUCAAAGAAGCUCUCAACUUAUUUCAAUGUUGCCUAUUUUGCAUUUUGCAUGGGGGAGCUUGUUGCUUUAACUGUUCUUGUUUGGGUUCAAACACAUUCAGGAAUGGAUGUUGGAUUUGGAGUCUCGGCAGCCGCCAUGGCUGUGGGAUUAAUCAGCUUGAUUUCUGGCACCUUUGUUUAUAGGAAUAAGUCUCCUCGUGGGAGUAUUUUCACCCCAAUUGCUCAAGUUUUUGUUGCUGCAAUUACAAAAAGAAAGCAAAUUUGCCCUUCAAAUAUAGAGAUGCUCCAUGGAAGCCACGAUAUUUCUCAGAAUCACAUUUUAGCUACAUCACCAAACGUCAGAAGCCUCCUCCAUACAGAAAAGUUCAGAUUUUUGGACAAGGCAUGCAUAAAAGUGCAAGAUGGAACAAGGGAGAGUCCAUGGAACCUAUGCACAAUGGCACAAGUUGAGCAAGUGAAGAUAAUAAUCUCAUUGAUUCCCAUAUUUGCUUGCACAAUAAUUUUCAACACCAUUUUAGCACAGCUUCAAACUUUCUCAGUUCAACAAGGAAGUGCCAUGAACACAAGAAUCACAAAUUCCUUUCACAUCCCUCCUGCUUCUCUUCAAGCCAUUCCUUACAUUUUGCUAAUUUUCGUUGUCCCUCUCUAUGAAACCGUCUUCGUUCCAAUCGCGAGAAAACUCACCAAGAGAGACUCAGGGAUCUCUCCUCUUCAAAGGGUUGGAAUUGGACUGUUUAUUGCGACAUUUUCAAUGGUUGCAGCUGCAUUAGUAGAGAGAAACAGAAGAAUUUCAGCCACACGCUUCAAUGAAAUUCUUUCAAUCUUUUGGAUUGCUCCACAAUUUCUCAUCUUUGGACUCUCAGAAAUGUUCACAGCUGUUGGUCUCAUUGAGUUCUUCUACAAGCAAUCGUUAGAAGGGAUGCAAUUGCAAUCUUUUUUGACUGCCAUGACUUAUUGCUCGUACUCAUUUGGGUUCUAUUUGAGCUCAAUUCUUGUUUCUUUAGUCAACAAAAUUACCUCAAGCUCUUCUCAAAGUGGGUGGCUAAGUGAGAAUGACCUCAACAAGGAUAAGCUAGACUUAUUUUAUUGGCUUUUGGCUGCCCUUAGUCUCAUCAAUUUUUUCAAUUAUCUCUUUUGGUCAAGAUGGUACUCUUUUAAUCCAUCUUUAUCACUCAACACUACUACUUCUACAUCUACAAGAACUCCACAUCAAUCUCAUGGAGAAGACUUAGAAAACCAAAAGCUUCAAGCGCUAGAACGAUCUUAAAGUCGAUUAGUUAACAAUUAUGAAAAAGCAAACCCUAGAUAGGUUGAAUAAAUUACAUUAAUGUAAGCUUAGGCCCACUUAGUGCUAUGUAAUAUCGAGAUAACCCUAGUGUUUAUGUUCACUUUCUUUUUGUUUUUAUAAAUAAUUGACUAUGUAAAGGAGGACCAUAGUGUGAAAGGGUCCCCGAGUAA